GCUGUGGGAGCAGAAGCACUGAGCUGGGCAUGGACCUCAAGGGCACUCGGAGUGUGAAGCUGAAUAACGGGCACUGCAUGCCAGUGCUGGGGUUUGGCACCUACGCUCCCGAAGAGGUUCCAAAGAGCAAAGUCCGUGAGGCCACCCAAGUGGCCAUUGAUGUUGGCUUCCGGCACAUCGAUGCCGCCUACGUGUACCAGAAUGAGGAGGAGGUGGGGGAGGCGAUGCGCGCAAAGAUGGCUGAUGGCACCGUGAAGCGCGAGGACUUGUUCUACACCACCAAGCUUUGGGCCACUUUCUUCCGACCGGAAUUAGUUCGGCAAGGAGUGGAAAGGUCCUUGAAGAAACUGGGACUGGACUACGUGGACCUCAUUCUCCUUCACGUUCCUAUAGCUCUGAAGCCAGGGGAGGACAUCCUGCCCAUGGACGCCAGCAAGAAGGUAAUCCUUGACACUGUGGAUCUGUGUCAGACAUGGGAGGCCCUGGAGAGCUGCAAAGACGCAGGGCUGACCAGGUCCAUCGGCGUGUCCAACUUCAACCGCAAACUGCUGGAGAUGAUCCUCAGUAAGCCGGGGCUCAAGUACAAACCAGUGUGCAACCAGGUGGAGUGUCACCCUUACCUGAACCAGCAGAAGCUGCUGGACUUCUGCAGGGCCAGGGACAUCGUCCUCGUGGCCUACAGUGCCCUGGGGUCACAAAGGGACCCUAAAUGGAUCUCCCAAGACAGUCCAUUUCUCCUGGAGGAGCCGGUCCUGAAUGCCAUUGCCAAGAAACAUGGUCGUAGCCCAGGGCAGGUGGCCCUGCGCUACCAGCUGCAGCGGGGGGUGGUGGUGCUGGCCAAGAGCUUCAAUGAGAAGAGGAUCAAGGAGAACUUUCAGGUGUUUGACUUUGAACUGACCCCGGAGGAAAUGAAAGCCAUCGAUGGCCUCAACAGGAACUUCCGCUAUUUCAAAAUGGACUUCGGGAUAGGCAACCCCAACUACCCGUUUGCUGACGAGUACUGAACACGCCGGAUCCCACGGCCAUUUCGCCUGCGGAGGGUCUGCCUCAGGGCCAAGGGAGACUUCACCUGUGAGUCAGCAGGGCCUCCCCUGUCAUGACAUUUUUUUCCCCGUGAAAUAAUAAAGAUUCGUAUUCA